UUCCACACCCAUAUGUUUCAGCCUAGUUAGCUAUCUAACUCUCUUAUUAUUUCCCAUUGCCUUUAGAAAUCAAAACUCUCUCUCUCUCUCCCCCCAUCUCUCUCUCCUCUCUCUUUCUCUCUUUCUCUCUCUGAAUGAAGCACCACGACAUUGAGCUUCCCUUUGGGAAAAUAUGCCAAGCACCACAAAAGUCACCAAAAAAAGUGGUGCUUCUAGUCUUUGCCCUACUUCUUCUCACAAUCAUCCCUCUCUAUUACCCCUCAAUAAGCCAGUCCUUAUUUGUGUCGGAAACUGUUAAUUCGAACCCACUUGUGCCCUCUUCAUCAUCAUCAUCACAAGAUCAUUUAAAUGAUCAUGUUCAUGAGGAGGAUGAUUUGCCAUCCGUAACUAGCAAUUUAAAGUGUGACAUAUUUACCGGAGAAUGGGUUCCAAAUCCAGAGGCUCCCUAUUACACAAACAAAACAUGUUGGGCAAUCCACGAACACCAAAACUGCAUGAAGUAUGGAAGACCAGACACAGAGUUCAUGAAAUGGAGGUGGAAGCCAGAUGGGUGUGAGCUUCCUAUUUUUAACCCGGCCCAGUUCCUAGAAUUGCUUAGAGGCAAGUCCUUGGCCUUUGUUGGAGACUCUGUGGGCAGAAAUCAAAUGCAGUCUUUGAUAUGCCUCCUUUCUAGGGUGGAGUAUCCAAUAGAUGUUUCAAUCACACCAGAUCCAACUCAGAAAUUCAUACGUUGGAAAUACAUGUCCUACAACUUCACCAUGGCAACAUUUUGGACGCCACAUUUGAUCAAAUCCAAAGCAGCAACCUACACGAACGGACCGACGAAGACCGGCCUUUUUGAGCUCUACCUCGAUGAAUUUGAUGAGGCAUGGACAACCCAAGUAGAGGAAUUCGACUACAUUAUACUUUCUGCGGGCCAUUGGUUCUUCCGUUCGAUGGUUUACUAUGAAAAUCAAAAGAUUUCAGGGUGCCACUAUUGCCUUCUAGACAAUGUGCCUGAUGUAGGCAUUUUCUAUGGAUAUAGAAAGGCUUUUAGGUCAGCUUUUAAGGCCAUAAACAGCUUACAAAAUUAUAAGGGCAUAACCUAUGUUAGGACUUUUGCACCGUCACAUUUUGAAAACGGGUUGUGGAAUCAAGGAGGGAACUGUUUGAGAACGAUGCCGUUUCGGAGCAACGAGACGCAAUUGGAGGGUGCCAAUUUGGAGCUUUACAUGAUCCAAAUUGAGGAGUUUAGGAACGCUGUAAAAGAAGGGAGAAAAAAGGGGUUGAAAUAUAGGUUAUUGGACACAACACAGGCCUCAUUGUUAAGGCCAGAUGGUCAUCCUAGUAGAUAUGGCCACUGGCCACAUGAAAAUGUGACUUUGUAUAAUGACUGUGUGCAUUGGUGCUUGCCGGGACCCAUUGACACGUGGAGUGAUUUCUUGCUGGAGAUGUUGAAGAUGGAGGGUAUGAGAUCAGCUGAGGAGAAGAAGCUCAUGAUGUCAAAAGACAGGAGAUUGAAUUAAAGUCAGAUUCAUAGAUUUGAUGAUGAAUAAGUUGGUAUUCAAUGGAUAUUAUUCAUUUGUUCAGCUUUUUUUGGUGUCAAGGUUUGUUUAAGAUGUAAUUGGUGGCUGCUACAAAGUUUUAACUAAAAAACAAGGUGCAAAUUGUGUAGUUGCAUCACUUAUAUAUAUUCUCUGGAGUUGAGAAUUGCUAAAGAGGGUUGAAAAUAAUAAGGGAAAUUAUCUCAA